AUGGGUGAUGAAAAUUGGCCAUCUAUGCAGCCCUUGGCCGCGGCUCAGGGAAUAUGCCGUCAUAGUGCCGAGUUCUCUGUCCUUAGAACAGCACUCUUUGUCAUGAUUCCUGGCGCAGCAACUAUGUUCUCUCUUGUUGAGUCGUGUUUAUUGUUAAAUUUCUUCGCGGCUUGGCCGCUACAAGACUUGAAGCACCCCACUGACCAAAGACAUACUUAUCAAACAGUACAGAUGCAUUGCAUUCUCACCGAAGCCGGCACGGAAUGCCGCGAUAGCGUGCUAACGACAGCUGCAAACAUACUUGGAAUCUUGACGUUCGCAUUCGGCCUAUUUCUAUCAUUCACUGCCUUAGUAACUAUCACUCGGAACGCUGACAACGAAGUUCGAGACUUGGUGAUGGCUCUUGACCGGACUGAUGUGCAUCUCGGGGAUAUUAACGCCUACCUAGCACAAUUAGAAACCGAACGAGACCCGAUCAUGAAGGUGAUGCGACCCACGGUGACUGGCAGCUACAGGGAGUUCCUGCAAGCCCGAGAUGAUAUCAGGGACUAUUUGAAAGAGUUUGCACCAGAGAUUGCCCAAGAACAACCGAAGCCACCUAAUACCAUGGGUAUCAACCAUGGGAACACUUGGCCGCAGAACACGACUGCACCUCCACAAGCCGGACUGGACUACAACAACAAUUCUUACCAGACUCCCCAAGUGCCACGGAAAUCAUCGUCCCUGUGGACUCGCUCUAAAUGGUGGUAUCACAAAAAGGAAACUGCGGCAAAGAUGACAAGGCUUGAAAGUUGCAGGCAGCACUUCAAUGCCAUCCAGCUGACUCUUAUUGCGAGAAAGAUGGAGCAGCAGAAAUCGUCAGCGGAAUCAUUGUGUCGGGCUGUUGAUGGCCUCACUCCUAAGUCUGCGUACUUUGAGUAG